AAAUCGAUAUAUUUUUAAGUUGUGAACAAAUUCACUACCAAAGUAAUCCAUAAUAGUAGAUGCAAUACCUUUGUCAUUUGUGUCCGUGCUGUUGAGAGAAACAUUUAGUUUGUGUGUUCUUUGCUAGUUGUUGAAGCAGAAAAAAAGCCAGCAUCAACCAGCAGCAUUGGAAGAACAAAACUGUGUUGCAACGAGCAUAAAUAAAGAAGAAGCACAAGCAGUAAAACAUAAACCAAAACAGCAACAACAUGGCUCAGGAAGGACAGGAUAUGCCCACAUUCAAGUGCGUGUUGGUCGGAGAUGGCGGCACUGGAAAGACAACAUUCGUCAAACGUCACAUGACCGGUGAAUUUGAGAAGAAAUAUGUUGCCACACUGGGCGUGGAGGUGCAUCCAUUGAUCUUUCACACCAAUCGAGGCGCGAUCCGCUUCAAUGUAUGGGACACUGCUGGUCAAGAGAAGUUUGGCGGACUACGCGACGGCUAUUACAUUCAGGGCCAAUGCGCUGUCAUCAUGUUCGAUGUAACAUCGCGUGUCACCUACAAGAACGUGCCCAACUGGCACAGAGAUCUGGUGCGCGUCUGCGAGAAUAUACCCAUUGUCCUAUGUGGCAACAAGGUUGAUAUUAAGGAUCGCAAGGUCAAGGCCAAAAGCAUUGUGUUUCACCGAAAGAAAAACUUGCAGUACUACGACAUCUCUGCAAAAUCGAAUUACAACUUUGAGAAACCAUUCCUUUGGCUGGCCCGCAAGCUGGUCGGUGAUCCAAAUCUGGAAUUCGUAGCAAUGCCGGCGCUGCUGCCACCGGAGGUCAAAAUGGAUAAAGACUGGCAGUUGCAGAUCGAGCGUGACUUGCAGGAGGCGCAGGCGACCGCCUUGCCUGAUGAGGAUGAGGAUCUAUAAGCAUAUUAGUUUACAAUGAAUUCAAAACAAAAGAUUAAAAAAGAUAUAAUUGAGAAAACCCCAACUUAAAAACUAAGAAAACAAAAAUAAUAAAAAAAAGAGAAUAAACGGAAACUUUGGAAAGAACAAGAACAACAGCAGCAACCACAGGCUGAACAACAGCAACAAGAGCAAAAAGCGCAGUGCCGGGAUUAAAAUAUAAGCAGUUGUAUAUCGACACAUACACACACACAACACUCAACACACAUACACAUACAGCGUAUUACAGUGUUGCAUCCAAAUUGUCAUGUUGAUUUAUCAAUUUGUUUGUUUUUUUUUUUUUUUUUUUUAAUUUAAAUUUUAAUUUUUUGUUUCUCCCGUUUAUUGUAUUGGCUGGCUUUUUUGUGGCACGCCCACAAAAUUAUGUUUUAGCCAGAAGUUAAAAACAAUAAUGAGAAAAGAGAAGCAUAAGCAAGGAGCAAGCCACAAAGCAGGAGAAAGAAGAAGAGGAGAAACCCCAAUGCAAAAUUAAUUAAGCGAAGAAUUGUCAGCGGCGUCAAGUUUUGAGCUUAGAGUAAUUGUGAAAUUUAGAAACCAUUAAUAGGUUACAUUGCAACAACAAAGGCAUUGACAACACAAACAACAACAAAAACAAAACAACAAUAAAUUAUUGCGAUUUAAAUGGAUGAAUAAAAAUAGCUAAGGCAAAAUAAACUGAAAA